AUGCCGACCUCGAAGACCGAUGCAGAAUUCCACCUCUCCAACCCUGCCGUCCAACCGCAAAAUGCAACGCAGAACCAGGCUGCGACCUCGAGACUACAGGAUGCCUCUCGCUCGGCCGGUGAAGCCCAAGGAGCAGACCUGACUUCGCGAGUGACGCUACAGGAGUUCCUUCAGACGCGAAUGGACAAAGAUGGCAACCCCGUGUCGAACCCUGUUGCGUUCACGGAUAGCGCCAAGAUGCAGAGCAGCCGUGAUGCCCUGGAUGAGGCGGAUCUAGUCGAUGCCGCUUAUUAUGAUGAUUUUGAUUAA